AUGUUCAAACUCCUCCCACUCCUCCUUCUCGCGAUCCUUCUCUCCUUCACUGGCUUCGCUGCCGCCGUCAAGGGCAACACCAUCUGCGAAACCACCUCCGGCUCCCCCCUCACCUCCGAGCUAAUGAUCAUCACUCAUCUUGGCCCCAGCGGUGCUAUUGCCUGCCACCAGGAGUCUGACGGCUCCAACGGUCGUCCUGGAUGUACCUUAUGCGGAGGGGUUUUCGGUGGCAGUCUCAAAAUCUCCAUCUGUGGAGUGAAGGGCUCCAGAUACAGCUUCGGGCAAGUGAAGCAGGCAGUGGCAAAUCUGGCGAGCGAUUGCACCAGAAACUUCGGCACAGCUCAGAAAACCGGUGGGAAGUGGAGGGAAGAGAAGGGCGAGUUCAUGAUCCUCAUACACCUCUGA